UGAUCAUUUUCCCACCUUCAACUAUAAGAGAAGAACAGAUAAAAAAAUCCUCAACCAUAUAAGAUUCAUUUCAUUCAAGGUUUCUUGCAUAUUUUUUUCUUUCUCUCUUGAUAAUAUGGAUCCUGGUGAUGAUCUUUAUAGAACCAGUAGUAGCCUGAGAGUAAAUAGCUUUUCAACUUGGAGGAACCAUGGUUUGGAAGUUUUCUCACGUUCCAGGCGAGAAGACGACAAUGAAGAAGCUCUAAAGUGGGCCGCACUCCAAAGGCUUCCCACUUACGAUCGUUUGAGGAAAGGUAUAUUAUCAGGAUUGCAAGGUGACAGCAAUGAAGUUGAUGUACAAAAUCUUGGAUAUGAAGAAAGAAAAUUGUUGCUUCAGAGGCUAGUAAAGGUUCCCGAGGAAGACAAUGAGAAAUUCUUGAUGGGACUAAGGAGCCGACUUGACAGAGUUGGAAUUGAUUUGCCAACAAUUGAAGUCAGAUUUGAGCAUCUAAAUAUUGGUGCAGAAGUCUAUGUAGGCAGCAGAGCAUUGCCUACCUUCUUUAACUUCUUUGCUUAUGUAUUGGAGGGUUUCCUAAACUAUCUACAUAUGCUCCCAAGCCGAAAGAAGCACCUUUCUAUCCUGAAAGAUGUCAGUGGAAUCAUCAAACCUUGCCGGUUGACAUUGCUUUUAGGUCCUCCAAGCUCAGGGAAGACAACACUGUUAUUGGCUUUGGCUGGAAAGCAUGAUUCUGCUUUAAAGUUUUCCGGAAAUGUGACUUAUAAUGGACAUGGAAUGAAUGAGUUCGUAGCCCAAAGAACUGCAGUAUAUAUUGGCCAGCAUGAUGUCCACAUCGGAGAAAUGACUGUAAGGGAAACCUUGGAAUUCUCUGCAAGAUGCCAAGGGGUUGGAUCUCGUUAUGAUAUGUUAGCAGAGUUGACAAGAAGGGAAAAGCAAGCCAAUAUUUACCCUGAUUCACAUAUCGAUCUCUACAUGAAGGCUGCAGCAGCUGAAGGACAAGAAUGGAGUAUAGUCACAGAUUAUAUUCUCAAGAUAUUAGGCCUGGAAACUUGUGCAGAUACCUUGAUUGGAGAUGAACUGAUAAGGGGAGUAUCUGGAGGGCAAAAGAAACGCGUUACUACAGGUGAAAUGCUGGUUGGGCCAGCAAAUGCACUUUUUAUGGAUGAAAUAUCCACUGGAUUGGACAGUUCCACAACAUUCCAAAUUGUAGAUUCGCUUAGAAAAUAUGUCCAUAUUCUCAAAGGAACUGCUAUUAUAUCACUCCUACAGCCGGCACCUGAAAUAUAUGAACUAUUUGAUGAUAUAGUUCUGUUAUCUGAUGGCCAAAUUGUUUAUCAGGGCCCCAGAGAAUACGUGCUCGAUUUUUUUGAAUCCAUGGGUUUCAAAUGCCCAAAGAGGAAAGGGGUGGCCGAUUUCUUGCAAGAAGUGACAUCAAAGAAAGAUCAAUGGCAAUACUGGUCGAGUAUAGAGGAGCCUUACAGAUUUGUGACUGUCAGUGAAUUUGUGAAGGCAUUUCAGUCAUUCCAUGUUGGGCAGAGUCUGAGAGAUAAUCUUGCAUAUGCAUUUGACAAAAGCAAUAGUCACCCAGCUGCCUUAACAAGAAGAAAGUAUGGUGUGGGAAUGAAAGAAUUUGUGAAAGCAUGCAUCUCAAGAGAACUCUUGCUAAUGAAAAGAAACUCAUUUUACUACUUGUUCAAGCUUUGCCAGAUUAUUAUAAUGGCAUCUAUAGCAUUGACACUGUUCCUACGAACUACGAUGCACCAGGACAACAUGCAAGAUGGAGUAAUCUACAUUGGUGUUCUUUUUUUAACUCUCACUAUAUUCAUGUUUAAUGGAAUGCCAGAGAUGUCCAUGACAAUUAACAAGCUUCCAGUCUUUUACAAACAACGGGACUUUCUUUUUUAUCCCUCAUGGGCAUAUGCGCUUCCCACAUGGAUCCUCAAGAUCCCUAUAACGUUUGUUGAAGCGGCUGUAUGGAUUUCUCUCACUUACUAUGUUAUUGGAUUUGAUCCCAAUGUUGUGAGAUUAUUCAAACAAUACUUGGUAAUCUUGCUUACAAACCAGAUGGCAUCUGCAUUGUUCCGACUGAUUGCAGCAGUAGGUAGGAACCUUGUUGUUGCAAACACCUUUGGAUCAUUUGCUUUGCUCCUACUCUUUGCCCUGGGUGGUACGGUAUUGUCACGAGACAAGAUAAAGAAAUGGUGGAAAUGGGGUUUUUGGUCUUCACCGUUGACGUAUGCACAGAAUGCAAUUGUUGUGAAUGAAUUUCUAGGGAACAACUGGAAAAAUGUUGUCCCAUAUACAAACGAAACAUUAGGAGUUUUUAUUCUAAGUUACCGAGGAUUCUUCACCGAAGCAUACUGGUAUUGGAUAGGAAUUGGGGCUUUAUUUGGAUUCACUAUCUUGUUCAACUCCGGUUUCAUGCUGGCUCUUGCUUUUCUCAAGCCUUUUGGAAAGUCUCAAGCUGUUUUGCCUGAUGAAAAUCAAUGCAAUGAGAAAGAAGCUGGAAUUAGAGAAAGUACUCAGAUGGUAUCCCAAAGAAUUGAUGUAGGACCAGUGGCAUCUGAAGGGUUAGCAGAACAAAGUAGAAAAGCUAUCGGGUGUGGAUCCUCAUCCAUGAGGACAGCUGCCAUUAUCGAGCCUAAUCAAAAAGAGAGAAGGGGAAUGAUUCUUCCGUUCGAACCCCAUUUCAUUACUUUCAAUGAAAUUGUGUACUCUGUUGACAUGCCACAGGAAAUGAAAGAUAAGGGUAUUCUUGAAGAUAGAUUGGUGCUUCUUAACAGAGUAAGCGGAACUUUUAGGCCAGGUGUUCUCACGGCUUUAAUGGGUGUUAGUGGGGCUGGUAAAACAACUCUUAUGGAUGUGCUGUCCGGUAGGAAAACUGGAGGUUAUGUUGAGGGAAAUAUUACAAUUUCGGGGUAUCCAAAGAGGCAAGAAACUUUUGCUCGGAUUUCAGGAUACUGUGAACAGAAUGACAUUCAUUCUCCUCAUGUUACAGUUCAAGAAUCCUUGUUUUUCUCAGCAUGGCUGCGGUUGGCUUCAGACAUUAAUGCUGAAACUAGAAAGAUGUUCAUCACCGAAGUCAUGGAGCUUGUUGAACUUACACCAUUAAGAGGUGCACUAGUUGGACUGCCAGGAGUCAACGGUCUCUCAACUGAGCAGCGGAAGCGGCUUACUAUUGCAGUCGAGCUGGUGGCAAACCCCUCUAUAAUAUUCAUGGAUGAACCGACUUCAGGGCUUGAUGCAAGAGCUGCUGCAAUUGUAAUGAGAACGGUCAGGAACACUGUAGACACUGGAAGAACAGUUGUAUGCACCAUCCAUCAACCCAGCAUUGACAUAUUCGAAGCAUUCGAUGAGCUAUUUCUGAUGAAACAAGGAGGACAGGAGUUAUAUGUCGGGCCAUUGGGACCUCAUUCUAGCCAACUGAUCAAAUAUUUUGAGGGAAUUGAAGGAGUGAGCAAAACAAAAAAUGGUCACAAUCCCGCAACUUGGAUGUUGGAAGUUACUUCUUCGGCACAGGAAAUGGCUUUGGGGGUUGAUUUUAGUGAACUGUAUAAGAACUCAGAACUCUACAGGAGGAACAAAUCUCAGAUCAAUGAACUAAGUACACCACGGCCUGGAACGAAAUACUUAAUGGAUAUUCCUCGAAGGAUUCCAGUGUGGUGGAGAUGGUACUAUUGGGCAUGUCCUCUUUCUUGGACAUUAUAUGGCCUACUUGUGUCACAGUUUGGUGAUAUGGAGGACGUGCUUGACACACAGCAAACAGUGAAGGAAUUCUUGAGAAGUUUCUAUGGAUUCAGACAUGAUUUUCUCGGAGUAGUUGCAGUUGUCAUUGUCGGAUUCACAAUUAUAUUUGUUUUCACAUUUGCCUUUUGCAUCAAGGGAAAUGUUGUCCAAACGAAUUGCUCAGCAGCACUGAAUGAGGUUAAUAGUAAUUCUGAAAUUCCAGUCAGUAUAUGA